AUGAAUCAAUUUCGGGUGACCUUUUCCGAUGAUGAGGAAGAAGCAAACCACCACCAUCAAUCUCACCAAUUAGCACAUGAAGAAGACGAUGAUGAAGAAUUAUUUUUGGGAAGAGAGACAAAUAAAAGAGGAUUCUAUGCCGAGGAUUUAGAGGAAGAAGUACAAGCUGAUCCGUUAUUCCAAGCAAAAAAACACGAAUUGGAACAAAAGAGAAAAUAUAGGAGAUUAUCAACUGCAUUUAUUGCUUCGAUUCUUGUUGUAGCUACUCUGUCAGUGAUCUUGGGGUUUUCUAUUUAUUUUAAUGUCGCAUUCUAUUUUGGAGAGAAGAAAACACAAUCGGAAUGCCUUUUUGUUUUUAAUGAAACCUUUCCGAUCGACCCUAAAACAUUCAGAGAUUCUCGUCACAAUAAUUUAAUGAGAUUUUUUGAAGCUUUUACUCUUCCUCUUUCGGAAAGCGAGGAAGAUUAUAUAAUUCAUAUACCAAAUGUUGAAAGAUAUAGAUCAGAAAUUUAUUUUCUGUCUGGAAUUUUUCAUUCCUCCGCCUUUCUUGCCGAAUCUCAUUUAUUCCUGUCGACAAAAAAGAAAUUGUCAAUUUUGUGUAUGAAUUAUGGUAAUAAUGACUCGGUUACAUUAAAUGAGGGCUCAUACGUAGAUAGUAUUGUAUUUGAGAGCCAGACAUGCCUGCAGAGUAUAAAAGGCCAAAAUAUCACGAAAAUAUUCAGCGUGACCUUAGAUGCCAACAAAUCCUUCCCAAGAAUGGAAAAUAUUUCAUGGAUCCAAGACAAUAAUAUCAUCAAUACUAUUUAUAUGCUCGAUCAUGAAGUGAAACAGCUAGAACACAUUCUUUAUCGCUCUACUGCUCUCUUGUUGGAGAAUAUUUUUUCUACCAGCGCAUCAGUCAUCUCUCGAAUGGAAAUUCCUUUUAAUGAAGAGGCACACAUAUUCAGUGAAGAAUAUUUCAAGAGAUUGGAUUCAUGUAUAUCAAUUUAUGCAAGGAAUGGAUGGACGCAAUUUAAGGUGUUGGAGUCAUCCGUUCAAGUUAAUGGAGUUGAUAAGAAGACGCUGUCUAUGGAAUCAUCCUACUCGUAUCUAAAUAAGAAAUAUUCAACAGCUGACACCAUUUCACUAAAUUAUAACAAUACAUUAUUUGACGAGCUAACGAGUAUCAUCAAUAGUAAUUUGAAGGAAAUAGAAAAAUAUAAGAUUGAGGAAGGAAGGGAAGCUACUUUUUUGACAGAUUUGAUAAAAAAGAAUACGCUGAAGAGCCUUCUUCACAUGAACAUAGUGAGGAAAACAAAUUCAUCACAAUCUGAUCAUGAAUUCUUUUCUGAAUUACUAGCAGAAAAGUUGGAUCGAUUAUUUAUUUCAGAAAUUAUGAUACAAAAUGUAGAAGGAUUACCUGUAAACAAGCUGACUCUUAAUAUUGGUUUGAUUUUCGACCUUACUCUAAAAUUUCCUUUUGGCGACGAACUCACAAAUCACAACAAUUUACUCUCGGUUCACACAGAUCAUGUAUUGAAAAAUAUUGGCUCUAAACUUUUGAAAAAGGCUAUGUUUGUUGUCGAAAAUGAUCGACUUUAUUCUAUCAAGAACAAAUAA